GCCGUCCCGCGCCGCGCCGCUAUACUACAGUUACCCGACGACGCUCGCCGCGUAACCCGUGCCACUUUACUACAAAUAAACAGACAGACAAACAUAAACAAAAGUUGAAACCGGUUCCAUACAACGUGUUAAGAAGUCCUUAUCAUCUGGCAGACUUCAUCACACAUCAAACAUAACAGAUGCUGUUUCCAUUGGUAAAGUGAGCUAAGUUUGGGAGUCAGCGCUCGCAGUCAUGGGCGAUCACGGGGACUCCGCCCCGGCAGGUGUGGUGGAGCUGCGAGAGGACGUGCCGCUGAAGGCGGGCGCGGGGGGCGGCGCGUGGUGCGCGGGGGGGCCCCGCCUCAUCGCCCUCAGCUUCGCGGUGCUCUCCGCCGCCAUCACGCUGGCGCUGCUCGCCCAGAUCUACUCCGGCGAUUAUGAGCUGGUCCCGCACGGCGUGGUGUCGUCGUCGGCGGCGGAGUGCUCGCGCGCGGGCACGGACGCGCUGAAGGCGGGCGGGCGCGCGCUGGACGCCGCCGCCGCCGCCGCGCUCUGCCUCGCCGUCGUCGCGCCGCACCGCACCUCGCUCGACGCGGGCGGGUCCAUGCUGUACUGGGAGUACCGCAAGUCCCGGUCCCAGCUGCCGUCGCUGGCGGAGUGGGGCGGCGCGGGGGGGCCGGGGGACGGGGGCGGGGGGCGGCCCCCGCGGCUGCUGGUAGCGCUCGCCGCCUUGCACGCGCAAGCAGGCGCCCUUCCCUGGCGGGACGUGGUAAAGCCUGCGUUGUUACUGGCCAGGAAAGGGUUCGUGGUAUCAGCGGGGCUGGCGGCGGCGGAGCGCGCGGCGGGCGUGCCGAGCGCGGCGGCCGGCGCGCGGUACAAUGCGCCGGCGCUGGCUGACUAUUUGCAGGCGAUACAGAACAAGACCAGCAAAGAGUUGAGUGAGGAGUGGCGGGCGUGGAACGGCAACAUAUCGUUCGUGGCCGGCGGCGCGCGCUGGUCCGAGGCGGGCGGGCGGCGCGUGUGGGCCGGCGGCGCGCGCGCAGCGCUGGCGGUGGACGCCAUCACCGCCGCGCUGCAGGCUGCUGACCAGGACGACGCUGUUCACAGGGCGGUGGACGUGUUGCGGUCCGCGCGGCCGGCGGCGGCGGGCGGCGCGGCGGGCGGCGCGGCCAGCGGGCUCGCCGUCGUCGACAGCUCCGACACCUAUCUCGCGCUCGUCACCGGCACUUCUGUACCAUUCGGCUCGGGGCCGCUGGUGGCAGGCGGCUGGCGCCAGGACCAGCCGGCGCGGCCGCUGGACCUCGCGCCGGCGCUCAUCGCCGACGCCCGGCUCUGCGGCACACGAUACGUAGUGGGUGCCGAAUCGUCGGCGGCGCUGGUCCAGGUGGCGGCGGCGCUCGUCGCCGGCGGGGGGGGUCCGCGCGGCGUGGAGCUCAGCGUGGAGCGCGCGCGGCUGGCGCUGGCGGCCGACGGCGGCGUGCUGCCGGAGCCGGGCGCGCCGCCGCCCGCGCCGCCCGCCGCGCCGCUCAACGCCACGCCGCCCUUCGCCGCCGUCAACGUGGUGCAGCAACGCGGCGACGCGCUGCUCUCGUGGGCCGACAGCCGCGGCGGGGGACUAGCCUCCAGGUUUUAGAUUCAGAUGCUUAGCUUAACAGAACAGCAAUAAAUAAAUCACAAGAACAAAAUUGUAAUUAAGUAUUUAU